UUUCAUUCCCUGUAAAUGUCUACUUCCAUCAAGGAAGCAGAAAUCUGAAGUGACAGACAUCAUGAUUCUCCUGCAAGAAAUUGUCCAUGUGCAGACGAGCGCAGUGGAACUAUAGAAAGCUUAAUUUAAACAUCUAAAUAAAGUGGGCUGGGUUAGAGGCUUCCUUUUGCUGCAGGAUAUCUAUAAAAAUACAUGUGAAGCUUUUAAAAAAAUUGAGUCAAAGUAACCCAAUUCCAUCUAGUUUGACUGGAGCAAAUGCACUACCAAAAGAAAGUCAAAAGAGGCAGGACCAAUCAAGACAUUUUGUUGCCUGAAGCAAAAGACAAGGCAGUGGUUCCCCUGUUGUUAUUUUCAGGCGGGAUUAAAUCACCUAACGGGAAUUCAGGUUGCACAAUUAUAGUUGAUUAGAAGCUCUUGCACAACAAUCGUACUUCCCCCAAAGAGGGGACUUUUUGUGAUAAGGAAAGUGAUGGGAAAAUGCAAUGGAAGGUGUGGAGUAACGCUUUGAAAUAACAUCAUCUUACCUCCUUGCAAACAAACCAGGAUGAACGUUCAAUAAAUAGACAUCCUUACUCCAUCAUUGGUGAUGGGACAGCAUCCUCCACCACACCUGAGGGCAGCAGGCUAGCUUAGGGGGCACAGGUCAUCAGAUGGCCACAUAGCACACACAGCUAUUCUCUAACAGCUUGGUGCCACUGCUGACUGGGGUAGCACCCUCACUCAACUUAAUGGUAGUAGGCUCUGAUAAAAGGGACAGAUUUGUAUAUACUGUACUAAUGUUUACUAAGAGGAGCACAUGAAGAAAUGGCUACUAUAAAUGAAAAUAAAAUCUCACCACUCUGGCAUAAAGUCUGAUCACAUGACCAAGCUUGCCAAGCUUGUGUUUACUACUUAUGGGCAACUUCUAAGUCCCCUGUUCUCCCUUCUUAUAAAGUAUUCUUUAUAUUUAAAAGGCUUGGGUUGAAUAGUCCUUCAAAGACAGGCCUCUUUCAAAAGACUGUAAAGCCAGAUGUAUGGUCAGCAUAAGCCCAGCCCAUUUUUCUGAUAAUGACACUUCAUUUUUGUAACUUCUUGCCAUAAGGGGUCGGAGGUGGGGGAGAGGAGUAACAGUUCACUGACAGAGUACAGGUUUUGUGGAAGAGUACAGGUUUUGCAUUCAAAAGGUAUCAGCUGAAUCCCGAGUAGGGCUGGGGGAAACUGCUCCUAAAACUUUGAAGAACCACAAGCCGCCAAUGAAAAAAACCCCAAUUAGGUGGACCAAAGGUCUGGUUUUGUACACGGCAGAGUCCUAUGUUUCUACUUGUUACCGAACUUUGCCGUAAUAAAUUUGCUAGUCUUUAAAAUGCCGGGCACUAACAGAGCUAACUCCCCCUCCACGCGCCCGGGAGCCGUGACUGCUCGCGGCCAGUCGCGCUGAUUCAACAGUGCAAAAUGGAGCCUCUUAACUCAAUCAUGAAACCGAAGAGGAGGCGGCUCUGCUACCAAGAUGAGCGAGGUAGAGCGCCUUCCGGAAAUGACGCCACGAGGCGGAAGUCGCGUGCACCUGAUCGAAGGACUACCUGCCUAAAGGAAGGUGCCUGCUAUUGUGCUGGGCGUGUGCGCGUGAAGCGCUUGCAAACCGACCAGGUCGACCAGACAAGAUCAUGGCAACUCAGAGUUCCACGUCCCUGCAGGAUUUGAUUCGGGAAGAUUUUUUGAGUUGCAAAAUCUGCUACGACCUGUAUGUGGUGCCCAAAAUCUUGCCAUGCCUGCAUACCUACUGCCAAAAAUGCCUAGAGCCCUUGGUAGAAAAUGGGACCAUACAGUGUCCUGAGUGCCGUCUGCAGUCGGAAUGUCCUGGAGGUUCUGUGGGGCUGAAGACCAAUUUCUUCAUCAAUGGCCUCUUGGAACUGUUCCAGAUGAAGCGCAACAAGGACCUAGAGUGCACAAUCUGCUCUAGUGCUCAGAAAGUUGUGGCUGCCACUGCCCGUUGCCUGGAUUGCAAGGAUUUAUUGUGCCAAAUAUGUUCCCAGGGCCAUUGCUGCUCCCGCCUCACACUACACCAUAAGGUGGUGAGCCUGGAAGAGUUCCUUGCUGGGCAUUAUGACACUGAGGUAAGAGUCUUGCAGGAAAUGUGGUGCCAAGAUCACCCACAGGAGGCGCUCCGUUUCUUCUGUGAUACCUGCAGCAUGUCCAUCUGCAGGGAUUGUCGCUUGCUGGACCAUUUCCAGCACAAAGUGGUUUCCAUGUCCAGUGCAGUCCAGCGGGAACGACCUACUGUAGAGCAGUUGAUCAACAGCUUGCAGGGAACAAUUACCUGCAUCUCUGAACAAGAAAAAGCUGUGGAGGAGGCAAUGGACAAACUAAAAGUAGAGAGUGAACGUGUCAAGGAGAAGAUCUGCAAGUAUGUGGAAGAUAUCACUACUUACAUCUUUGCCCAGAAGGAAUGUGCUUUGACAAAACUGAAUGUCUUCUUAACAGAACAGCUGGAGCGUUUUUGUUUAGCACAGAAGGAGCUGCAGAGUCAGAAGGACAAAGCAAUGAAUACUCAAGAGUUUUCUCAGCGUAUUCUCUGUGUUGGGAAGGACUAUGAGAUCCUUCACCUGGAAGGAAUGAUCAGGAAUAGAGUUGAGGAGCUUCGGGCGCACAGACUGCCACAACUCCAAAGUCAGAUUCCAGAAUUAGCCAUCGCCUGGGAUGAGCCACAGCAACUCUCUGAAGCAUCAAUUUUCAGUCUUGUCUUUCCUGGGGAGCAACCCACCAGAGAUGUGCAGCAGUUGGAGCUGGGCAGUGAGUCAUUGACGUCUCUGGGCGAGGAGAGUGGGGAGGUUACAGGCACUCCUUCUGAUUCAGAUGAAGACUCCUUCACAAGUGAAUCUGACUCCCACUCUCAAAGCUCUUCUUCCUCCACUGGCUGCAGCAGAAGAGCAGAGUAUGCCUACAGCUUUGACCAAGAUCCACCCCACACCAAACAAAAGCCUAAUAUCACUGGGAUUUCUUUCAUGCAUCACAGUGGUCAAGUCGUCCUUUUGGAUCAGGCAAAUGCUGAGAUAAAGCAAUAUAGCUACGGUGGCGACUCUGAGGGGGUGAUUCCUUUGCCUACAUCUGAUUCUGUCUUCUAUGGCAUCGCUGUGUGUGGAAAGAUCCUGGCCUGUUCCUCAGAGACUCAUCUUUUUUUCCUGAAUCUUGAUGGAUUGGUCCUGCGUAAAGUGCAGAUGAGGGGCUCUGCAUUGUCCUAUCCCCUUGCCUCAUAUGGAGACUCUUAUGUGGCUGUUAGUGAAGGAACUCUCUGUUCCAUCUCAUUGUACAGCCCAUCUGGGGCAUGUGUUGGCAGAGUCCGGCCAGACAACUAUUAUGGGGGGAAAUUCCUGUUCAUUGCUGUAAAUAGCUGGGAGGAGUUUGUUGUCUCAGACUUCAUUAAGAAACAAAUUGUGGUCAUGAAGAAGUCUGGGAUUGUUCUGAAUGUGCUUAAGCCCUCAACCUCACUGCUGACCAAGCCAUUUAGUGUCUGUGUUGAUGAAGACAGGAACAUUUUUGUGAUUGAUCAGUUCAAAGUGAUACAGUUCUCGCCAGAUGAUGAGACUGGGAAGGUCGUGUUCAGUGGCCAGUGUCCAAUGGGAAGACCCAGAGUCUUGGCCAUUGAUAGUAAUAACCUCUUUAUAGCGAGGGAAGAUGGAAACACUAAUGUCUUUUGGCUAUAGCUCAUUAUUCUGAAGUUCUGAGCAUCUUUCUGGAAAGAUGCUCAGGGAGACUGUCACUAUUGUGUUAACUAGAUAUUGAGAUGGGCUUCAGCCUUUACUAGACCUGAGAUCAGACCUUGGGUAAGAAAUGCUGUUACACUCAGAUGAAUAUACAUUGCUGAAAUCUUCCUGCUAUUGUCAGAGCCUGACUUGAGAAUAACGGCAGUAGAUCAAGAUCUUACAUGUACCUUUAAACUAUGGUUUGCAUUCACACAAUUUCUAUGAUCUGGUCUUUGUUCAAACCUCUAGAGUCUGCUGCUUCAAUGCAGAUCUCAGUUGAAGGGCUCAUGAGAAGAAGGGGCCCGACUUUUAUUUGGAACCAACAUUCCUACCUUCUCUGACAUUGUGGUCAUAGGAAAUCUUAUAGAUGCAUCAGCAGGCUUGGUCCUUCGUUCAGUGAGCAAUAGACCAGCUAUUCCUUUUUUCAUCUGAUAAUUCAAAUUCAGGCAUCAGGGUUAGUGCUGAGGUGGUCUCUGUCCUACCAUUAUACUUACAAAGACUAUACAGACUUAUAACAUUCCACUUCCUUCACCUGCUGCUGUGUGGACCAGGAACUAUUGUGCCUUGCCAUCAGAUUGAAUUUUUUUGAGGGGGCAAUAUGAACAAGCAACGUAGCUUCUAGUGUAAUUUAAACAGUAACAUGCAUUCAGUGUGUAGUUUGUGGAAAUGUGGAUGUGUGUUUUCAUGUUCAUCUCACAAACAUUUAAUGCUCUUGCAUAAUCCCUGAGUACCCAUGGAAUUGUAGAAAUUCAAGAAUUCUCCUUGCAUACAUGUUCCUUACUCAAUGCCUAGUAAAUAUGCUGUCUUUGCUAGGGCUUGACAACUCACUGGCUCACUAAACAAACGUGGAGGUGCUGAGACCAGGAAUAUUGUAUUCCAAGCUUUUUAUAGGCACACAGCUCAAGGCCCAUGUCUCAAGAUCCAUGCAGGUGUCACCUAUGAAUGUCUAUAUGCACAUCUAGUCGGCACCGAGAUCCGUAGUUGGUGAGCUACUGUCUAAUCUUCCUGCUAUUCAUUUUGGUAGUAAAGUAGUCAUCCAAUUCCCCGACUUCCCACUUGUAUGCCCAAGGAUGCACAAAUGACUAGUCUUGAAGACGCACUUGAAAAUGUAGAUCCCAAUUUCUGCAGGCGCAUGUAUUGGGAGGUGGCCUUUCUGCUGUCUUUUAACACAAGGCCAAAAUGGUUCCUACAGAUCAUUCCCUUUUUGACGCAAGCUAUGCUGUAGAUUUCCUUUGAUAACUCUGCUUGGGAAAGUUGACUAGACAUGUAUUGUCUGGGGAAAGAAGACCAAAACUUAAAGAGUAAAGGGACCAUAUGCUGCCUGCAAAUCUAGUUCCUGUUAUAUCUAGUUAUCCUCUGAUUAAGCAGGGAGGAAUUUUAUCAGCCUCAACAUCCUGCACCUAUGUUAGGCCCCUGAGCCUUACGCUCCAUCAGUUUUACAGAUACUAUGGCAUUGUUCAAAGAGCAGUGGCCCAGAGGUUGGGGAACAUGUGGUCCUGCAGAGGUUAUUUGGACUCCAACUCCCAUCAGCCCUGGUUAGCAUGGCCAAUGGUCAUGGAUGUUUGGAGUAUUCAUCCAACAGCAUCUGGAGAGCCACAGGUUCCCCAUCCGUGGUCUAUAAAAUAGGUAACUGUUGAAGGUAUGAAGAGGAGUGCAGGUGCCUCUGCUGAAUGCCAUCAUGCCUUAUGAGGAGCCAGGGUCAAGGGUACCCCAUUGUGCAUUACUUAAGGAGUUCUUAAGGAGCUGUUAACAUUUCUUCAGUAUAUGCUUUUGAUAUUAAUAAAAUUGAAUAAAUAGCCAUUUUGUUGUACUUCUAAUCUCAAGUCAUGUGCCUUGGAGCUGGUUUGUAGACAGUGGAAAAGUGCAAGUCUCAAAUUGCCUACUAACUUUUCACAAAGAGAGACACUAUGUGCAUCUUUUUGCAUAUUUACUCAGAAGUAAGUCCCAGUGAGAUUACUUCUAAGUAAGCAUAGAGGUUUUUGCUAUGUUGGAAAAAUCUUGACAUAGCUGCCAAGUUAUCCCUUUUUUUCAGGGAUUUUCCAUUAUGCUGAAUAGGCUUCCUCGCGAGAAAAGGGAAAACUUGGCAGCUAUGAAUCUUGAAGGAUAUACUGUGGCAUAUAUUUUACUGAGUUUUUGCAGUAGAUCCACAGUCUUAUAUGGAUGCCUAAUCCUUGGAGCAUGAAAAAGU